AUGAGCUCUGACACCAUAGCAAUCAUCUUCGUCAUCCUCCUCCUCAUUUGCUUUACUUCCAUCCUCUUUUUAUUGAUGCUGUUUUUAUAUAAAUGUUUCCAAAGCAGGAAAACUGAAGAGACAGAAAACGGUCCUUGUGAAGAUUGUUUAACUGAUAAUGUGCAGACAAGCAAACCAGGAGACCAAGAAAAUAAUCUAAAGCAAAGCAUGAGGCCUGGCAUCCUUGUCCACAGACUGAGUAAAGAAAUGGUGGCCGCAUACUUGAAAAACAACAAGGACAUAGAGGGCGGAGUGGAGGGCAAAAUACAAGAGGAGCCAGAUCUUGAGGGUCCUAAAGAGAACAGUCCAAAGGACGCUGAUUUGCAAGGAGCACACAUAUCUGUCACUGGAACCCCUUCAGUUACUGACAUCAGCAAAAGACCUCUAAAAGAAGUGACGUUUUCUAGGGAGGUGAUUGUUGUGGAUCUCGGGGAGGAACACCCUGCACCGCAAAGCCAUAUUCAAGAACAUAAAGAGAGAAAAUGAAGGUCAGAAAAGGCUGAGAGUGAAAGCAACGUAACCUGAGACUAGCAGUGCAAUGACUGGGGGUAUGAAAUCAUGUCGAAACGGCAAAAUAAUGGAGAAUUAAGCAAAUACA